ACGUUGUAAUCUACUCUAUCUAUGCCUUUAUUUCUCUUUUCUUCUUCGGUUUCUUAGGUUCCUCUUAUCUUCCUCUUCCUCUUCCUCUCCUUACACUUUAAACUCUCGCCGGGCAACUUCCGCUCCUUCCAUUCACUUCUUGUGUACGUUAUUAUAUUCAUUUUUCAUCACACAACACCAUUAACAAUACAAUCAUCGUUCUUAUUCUUGUUUUAUUCUCGUCUUAUCCUCCUUCUAAUUCCACUAGUAUUCGUAUUCUGUCCUUGUCGACCUCCAGUCCUGCUUUCCAGUACUGCCCCCUUUUUUUUCCUUUUUUUUCCUUUCGUUUCCCUCAUCUUCCUUUCCAUUCUCUCUUUAACUAAUCUUCUGCCGUCUCAAAAUGAUGCUCACUGAUGAAAUACCUAACAUCGAAAUCAACAAAGACCUAUCUCACCAACAAAAAGUCGAUAAGGAAUACGGUCCUCUAGAAUCUGACGAGUUUUUAUACUUGUCCCAAUACGACAAUCUGAUUGCCUUUGAAAGCCCUCCAAUAGAAGAACCCCCCUACUUGACAACUUUUUUAACCUACUUAAACUAUCUAAUCUUGAUCAUAAUUGGUCAUUUUAAAGAUUUCUUUGGUAUUCUCCUAACUCCAAACGAUUUCUCUGACGUCCUAGAAAAAGAUGGCCAUGCUCCCUACUACUCCAAAUUCGAAAGUUUCUACGUUAGAAGAUUGAAAACAAGAAUCGAUGAUGGCUUCUCCAGACCAACCGUCGGUGUGCCUGGUCGAUACAUAACCUGCAUCGAUAGAUACUCCUCAAACUACAAUAAAACUUUCCAAUAUACAAACGAAACCACAACCUGCUUAAACCUAUCUUCUUACAACUACCUAGGCUUUGCCCAAUCUCAAGGCCAAUGCACUGACUUCUCCCUAGAGGCUCUCAACGCCUAUGGCACAGGCUCUGGCGGUCCAAGAAACCAAAUUGGUUCAACUGAUCUACACCAAAAAUGUGAAGCCAUUGUUGCUGAUUUCGUGGGCAAAGAAGAUGCAAUCCUCUUCUCAAUGGGUUAUGCCACCAACGCCAACCUCUUCACCUCUCUACUAAACCCAAACUGUCUCGUUCUAUCCGAUGAACUAAACCACGCCUCCAUUAGAUUCGGUGUAAGGUUAUCUGGUGCAACUGUCAAAACAUUUAAACACAACGACAUGAAAGAUCUAGAAAACAUCAUCAGAGAACAAAUCUCCCAAGGCCAACCAAAGAUUCACAGACCAUGGAAAAAAAUCUUAAUCGUCGUCGAAGGUAUAUACUCAAUGGAAGGGACAAUGUGUAAUUUGCCCCAACUAAUCAACUUGAAGAAAAAAUACAAGCUAUACUUAUUUGUUGAUGAAGCUCAUUCUAUAGGCGCCAUAGGCCCCAAAGGUAGAGGCGUUUGUGAUUAUUUUAAUGUCAACCCAAAUGAUGUCGACAUCCUCAUGGGUACCUUAACCAAAUCAUUUGGUGCUACCGGCGGUUACAUUGCUGCUGAUAAACACAUCAUCGAUAGAUUAAGAAUCGAUAUAAUGACUUGUUCCUAUGCUGAAUCAAUUGCUUCACCUAUUUUAGCCCAAAUCAUUUCCUCCUUGAAAACAAUCACCGGCGAAAUUAACCCAGGCGAAGGUGAAGAAAGACUACGAAGAAUUGCCUUCAAUUCAAGAUACUUGCGUUUCGGUCUAAGAAAACUAGGCUUCAUUGUCUAUGGAAUGGACGACUCUCCCAUUAUCCCCCUUCUAUUAUAUAUCCCAAAUAAAAUGCCUGCUAUAACAAGAUCUCUAUACAAAAGAGGUAUAGCUGUUGUUAUUGUCAGUUAUCCUGCUACCCCCAUCAUCGCCUCAAGAGUUCGUUUCUGUGUAUCAAGCUCUCUAACAAAAUCUGAUCUAGAUCGUAUCUUAAGUGAAAUGGACUACUUUGGUGAUAAAUACUACAUUAAAUAUGCUAAAGGCAAACAUAACGACGAACCAUUUGACGAUAAGCCAAAUGCAACUCUAACAAUGUUUGAUAAAUCAACAUACUAAUUCACACUCUACCACCUGUCUAAUAAUAAUCUGGCAAUUAUAGUAUUCUCUUUAAAUUAAUAAUAAUAAUAAUAAUUUACAUUUUGUCUUUUUUUGGUUUUACAAAAUUCUAUACAGUUCAUUCCAUUUUAUAUGGAUGUGUUUA